AUGGCGAAGCGCUGGACGGCCAUCUUGUGCCUCUGGAGAGCGGGCAACCCGUACUGCUGCUUGGCCGCCCUUACGGGGAAAACGUUUCUUGUAUCCCGUCCGCCCCCGUGGAGGUGCCGGUACGGAGGCUGCGGUGCCCGGGGCCGUCGCCAGGCAGCGGCUCAGCGCUCCCCGGUUCGUAAGGCUGCCGAUCUGCUCCAGGAAGAUGAUGAUUCCUCUAGUGAUUAUGGCAGUCGUGACAAACCAGGGACUGCUUUAGGAAGGACUGUGCCAGAUGGGAACGUGCUUUUUCCAGAUAUUUUUCACACCGAUCAUCUUUUGUUUUAUGAGCGAUUUAAAGCUUACCAGGAUUACAUCUUGGCUGACUGCAAAGCUUCUGAGGUGAAAGAAUUCACAGCUGAGUACCUGGAGAAGGUCCUUGAACCAUCUGGAUGGCAGGCAGUCUGGCGCACUAAUGUGUUUGAGGUCCUUGUUGAGGUGGUUGAUGUGGAGUACUCGGCUCUGAAAGCAGUUGUGCAACUCAAUGAGCCUUUCCUGUGCGAGUCACGAGAUAGCACCUUUACCUUGGAGUGCAUGCAGGAACUCUUGGAGCUCAAGGAGCGUCAGAUACCACUGCAGGAGCUGUGGGUUGUGUAUGAUGAGUCAGGAGAGUUUGACCAGACAGCGCUAGCCGUAGAGCAUGUCAGGUUCUUCUACCAGUGCAUCUGGAGGACCUGGGACGAGGAGGAGGAGGAUGAUUUCGAUUACUUUGUGCGAUGUGUUGAGCCUCGACUGAGAUUGCAUUAUGACAUCCUUGAACACCGUGUGCCUUCUGGGCUUGUAGCUGAUUACCAGAACUUGUUGUCUCAAUGCGAAGAGCUUUACAGGAAGUUUUUAAAUGUGAGGAACAGCAUAUCAAGCAGUGAUUCGGACUCAGAAGUAGAAAAUGUCUCCAUGGUGGAAGGACUAAAGUUGUAUGAGAAAAUAGAGCACUUAAAACAAAAGCUAAAAUUAAUUGAGAAUCCUCUGCUGAGGUAUGUGUUUGGUUACCAAAAAUACAGUGGUCUCCAAGCUAAAGGACUGAGACCAACGGGUACCAAGAUAACUCAUGUUGUAUCCUCAACCAUGAUGGCAAGUCUGCUGCAGUCAUUGAUAAGGGACAAACUUUGCCCUGAAUCUUGUGGUGAAGAACUAGAAGUACAGUUUCACAAUGAUCCACUGGCAGCUGUGAAUGCCUGUUACGAAGGAGACACAGUCAUCAUCUGUCCUGGUCACUAUGUUGUAGAUGGCAUGUUCUGCAUUGCUGAUUCAGUUGAACUAGAAGGCUAUGGCCUGCCAGAUGAUAUUGUGAUAGAAAAACGAGGGAAAGGAGACAACUUUGUUGACUGUACAGGAGCCAAUAUAAGGAUCUCCAGCUUGAAGUUAGUGCAACAUGAUGCUGUGGAGGGGAUUUUAAAUGUCCAUCAUGGGAAAACCACCCUGGAGAAUUGUGUGUUACAGUGUGAAACUACGGGCAUAACAAUACGAACAUCAGCUGAGCUAUUAAUGAAAAACUCAGAUCUGUAUGGUGCCAAGGGUGCUGGUGUGGAAAUAUAUCCAGGUAGUACAUGCACCCUGUUAGACAACGGCAUACACCACUGCAAGGAGGGAAUACUUAUAAAGAACUUUUUAGAUGAACAUUAUGACAUCCCCAAGAUAACCAUGGUCAAUAAUAUGAUCCAUAAUAACGAAGGAUAUGGUGUGGUCCUGGUUAGACCAACAAUGCCCUCUGAUGUAAAGGAUGCUUCAGCAGAGAGAACAAAAGGGAAUACGCAGCCUACCCAGUCAGGUGAUGGGACAGCCUGCGUAGAGGGCUUCAGGCAAGAAGAACUACCUGGAUGUGUAACUGAUGAGUUGGAGCUUUACGAGCAAGCUGAGAUUUCUGAACAAACUGAAGGCAAUUAUGAAAUUGCAAAUGAACUCGGGGCUACUUCUGCAAAGAAGAGCCAGAUGCACAAGAAAAGACUGAGUGAACUGGGAAUCACAGAAGCUGAUGACAACUUAAUGUCACAGGAGAUGUUUGUUUCUAUUGUGGGCAAUCAGUUCAAGUGGAAUGGGAAAGGAAGUUUUGGUACCUUUCUUUUCUGA